AUGGGAGAUUUAAUCACUUGCCUAAUAAUCUACGUGGAUGACAUGAUCAUAACGGGAAGUGAUGCUGAAGAAAUUGAAAAAUUGAGAAGGAACAUAUUUACAGACUUCGAAAUGAAGGAUUUGGGAAGACUAAAAUAUUUCUUAGGAAUAGAGGUUCUACAAUCCAGCAAAGGAAUCUUUAUCUCCCAAAGAAAGUAUAUUUUGGACCUUCUGGCAGAAACAAGAAUGGUGGAUUGCAAAUCAAUAGAUACGCCCAUGCAAGUUAAUCACAAGUUGAAGAUAGUAGAAGGUGCCAUCCUAGCAGAUAAGGAAAGGUACCAGCGAGUGAUUGAAAAACUAAUUUACUUAUCACAUACUCAGCCUGACAUAGCUUAUGCUAUGGGAAUAGUAAGUCAGUUUAUGCAUAAGCCACAAGAAGAUCAUAUGGAAGCUGCCAUGAGGAUAGUUCGAUAUUUGAAGGGAGCUCCAGGAAGUGGAAUCAUUUUCAAAAGGAAUGGUCAUUUGAAGGUUGAGGCAUACACUGAUGCAGAUUGGGCAGACAACCAAAAUGAUAGAAGAUCAACAACUGGUUACUUUACACUUGUUGGAGGCAACCUGGAAGCGUCACCAUUGAUAGGUAUUCAGGAUGGCCUAGUUAAUAAGAUACAGAAAGAGGAGGCUAUAGACUUAGAGAGGAUGCCUUCGGCUGACGAAAUAAAGGAAGCAGUUUGGGAUUGCGAGUCGUCUAAGGCCCCUGGCUGUGAUGGCUAA